UUUAACGCCACAACCUCCCGUGACGUUUUAAAAAAGCUGCGAUAGGAAUAGUUACAUCGUCAUUUUCACACAUUUUCAAUUAAUAUUCGCACACAUAGUCCCUUUUUCUGCACCUCUCGUUUUAACGACGUUGGCGUGGAAAAAAAAUCGACCGAGAUUUACUUUGUUUUGCUAGUAACUCUUCCUGCCUGGACGUUUACUCCAAUCAAAAUGGCGGACAAGGAGGAUGAAAGCAACAUGACAGCUGAGGCCGGGGAGGGAGAGUGUUCCAGCGCGGCUCCGGUGCACUGUGUGGCGGGGCUGGAGCACCGUGAGGACCCGGCCGUGCCGGAGAACACGCACAACGCCAACAGCAGCAGUGGGGAACUAACUUCGACCGUGAAAGACACCGCAGAAAACUCCGUUAUUCAGGAGUAUUUUCAGGGCUCUGUAGCAUUAGCAGAGGGGGCAGAACGCAACAUCAUAACGUCUUUCGUCGAAACGCCUGGUAUCGAGACGGUCACCACGGCGGAUUUCUCCACCGUGAACAGCGAGCUUGUGGACAGUUCAUCGUCAGCUACAACCACCAUUAUUUACGUGCAGCCGGACGGUAGCUUUGUGGAAGGUACGGGCUUAACGGCGGAGGAACAGCGGCAGCUGGUGGAGCAGUUAGCCCAGCAGCAGCUUGUGGAGGUAACGGAGAAUGAAGCCGCCCGUCUGUUCCAGCAGCCGCGACCACCAACGUCUAAUUUCCCCCACGGUGCAGCGCUGGCGCCCAGUGAACUGCAACAGGUCAUUGAUCAGGUCAGUCGGUCCCAACAGUCCGCCGCCCAGGUGGAGCCACCCCCAUCCCAACGCCAGGAGCAGCCGCCCACCUGCAUUACCCUGCCGGCGGGCUGCGUGCUGGCGACGGGGAGCCCAGUGCAGGACGCCACGGUCCGGCCGGCCCCGCUGUGCGUCGUGCAGAACGCGUCGCUGCAGCUGCAGAACGUCGCUAAGCAAGUGGCGCUGCAGCAGAACCAGUCCCAUAACGGCACGCGCCUCAUCCAGAAAAAGCAGCUGGAGUCGAUCCGGAUCCAGGUGCCGAUCCCGCCCUCUUCGCAGGGAGCCACGCCCACCCUUGCCCAGCCCCCUCUGGCCCUCAUCCAGCAGAGGGCCCCCACUCCUAAAGUGGGCGUGUCCAGCCCCCAGAUCAUCCACAUCACCCCUGUGAUUGGGCAGCAGCAGUACCUCCUGACCAAUCCCGGGGACCCGCCCAUCCAGCUGCUGCUGCAGCAGAGACCCGCCCCCCUGGCCGUCCCCGUGCUCCACAAAGUGCCCCUGCAGACGGCCCCUGUGAACGGCCGAGCCCCGCGCCCCUGCCCCGCCCGCGGCCCCGCCCCCGCCCCGCCCCGCGCCCCGGGCCCCCCCGAGCAGAAGGGGCGGGAGCGGCAGAAGAGCCGCCGGCCCCAGAAGGUGCAGACGCGGUCCGGGCGCGUCUCCCGCCCCCCCAAGCACAAGGUGAAGGACUACAAGUUCAUCAAGACCGAGGACCUGGCGGACGGCCGGCAGUCCGACUCCGACGACUACUCCGAGAUCAGCGUGGAGGAGGAGGGGGCGGGGGAGGGGGACGGGGCGGGGGCGGGGAAGCAGGGCGCGGCGGGGGGUCUCGGUGUGUACCUCAGCCCCCGCAGCUUCCAGUGCCCCCGCUGUGAGAAGGCCUACAUCGGCCUGGGGGGGCUCGCCCGCCACUACAGACUCAACCCCGCCCACAGGGAGGCGGGGCCUGCCCCUGCCCCGCCCACAGGCCCCGGCCCUGCGCAGGCUCCGCCCCCAACGGACACGCCCCCCGCGGCACAGACUGGACACAGCGCCUCCACAGCUACCAAUCAGAUCACCACAAAUACUACACAGCCUGUUCCCGGGGCAACCACAGACGCCACAGCACAGAGGGAGAAGGCCCUGCUGCCCGCCCCGGGGAGGCCCAAAGGGAGAGGGGGGCACCCCCGGCCUGCAGCACGCCCCGCCCGGAGGCGCAAGCCGGGGAGACCCCCCAAGAGCCUGGGGGCCCUGCUGCCCCCCCAGAGGAGAGCACGCCUGAAGGAGGUGCUGCAGGUGUGUGAUGAUGAGGAGCUGAUGGAGAUGGUUCUUCCUCGCUUGGCCAGGGUCAUGACCCUCUGGGAGUUCCUGCUGGUCAAGGUGGAAAAGGGGCAUCCCAGCAGGCCCCAGUUCUCAGACGUGUACCGUGAGUUUGAGCAGCUGCACGCGCAGGUGAAGAAGAUGGCACAGGACCGUUUCAGUGUCCCCCCCGGCCCAGCGGCCCUCCCUGUGCUGGACGUCCGAGACCCACAGGUGUGUGAGUCGCUGGGCCUGGGAGACCUGGUGACCAGGUUAAAGACUGCCCCGUCCGAAACGCUCUCCGCACCCCAGCAAGGUGACCCACCCCCAAAAAACACCGGCCCAAGAGAGGAGUGUAAAACCCUGCCCCCAGCAAAGCGCUUCAAAGCCGAUCUCUCUGGCACCGAACCAAACGGAACAUUCCACCGCCAGAACCGCACCCUUCCCCCUGCUGCAGAUGCGGUCUCAUCCCCAGGUUCCUCGGACCCCCAGACCCCCCUGGGGUCCCCCCCGCCGCAGACCCACAUCAGAGCAGAGGAGACUGGCCCCGCCCCCUCACACACAGCAGGGGCGGGGCCGGGCAAGGGGGCGGAGCUGAAUGGCUGUCACAUGGCAGAUCAGAUGGAUGUGGUGCCUCUAGACCACACCUACAGAGCCAGUAGCCAAACUGAGCAUGCGCAGAUCCACCUUGUUACACAGCAGCCUGGCCCAACUGAGCAUGCUCAGCAGGCUGCCUCCACAGGCCCUGUGACUUUAAGGGACGCUGUGCCCCAGGAGGUGAGUUUAGGGGACACUGUGCAGGAGGAGGUUGAGGAGGUGAGAUUUGGGGACACUGUACAGGAGGAGGUUGAGGCUGUGAGAUUUGGGGACACUGUACAGGAGGUUGAGGCUGUGAGAUUUGGGGACACUGUGCAGGAGGAGGUGCAGCAGCAGGUCUACAUCCAGACGGAGGAGGGGCUAAUCUUGCCAGGGGGUACGUUGGCCUCCGAACGCAUCGUCAUAGUGACCAGCGCUGAUGGCACCACCAUGCACAUCCGCACCCCAGACUCCAUUCCCCUGGAGACCGUUCCCCUGGAGACGGUGCAGGCGCUGCUGGGUAUCGACAUGGGGGUGCAGCCUGAGGGGGUGCUGGUGUCCGAAACCCAUCCCUGACCCCCCCACCCACACCCCCAAAUCCCAGCUGUGUCCAACACUCGACCACCAAAAAACAAAAAGAACUCCACACUUCUUAUUUUUGUAGUUCCAGCAUCCUUUGAAUAUUUGUAUAAAAACCUUUUUGAAGUUUUUCCACAAACCCCUUCCUUAAGCUGUCAGCACACAUGUUCAUAUGUACAUAAAAAUAUAAGUGUUUAAAAAAAACAGAUUUAAAAAAAGAAAAACACGUGUUGCAGUAUUUUUAUUACUUUUGUAAUGUUACAAAUGCUGGUUGUAACAUGCACCCCAAUUUCUGGGAAAAUACAUAAUACCUUAAACUACAUUUUGAAGGGAAAUUAAACUUCUAUAAUAUUAUUUUAACACAGUGUGGUGUUGUUUCUACACAGACUCAUGGUACCAGAUCUCCCUCUGAUGACCUCAGUGGCAAUUCAUUUACUCUUCACCUCUUACACUGCGAAAAAUGACACG